AUGGCGAUGAUGAUGACUGGCCGUGUGCUGCUGGUGUGUGCCCUCUGCGUGCUGUGGUGCGGUGCGGUUUUUGGACACGCGAUGGACGAUUACUGCAGUGAGGGUGGAGGGAACGGUUUGAGGCACACGAGUAAUGGUGGAGAUGACGGCGUGUCUCUAAAGGCGGACUGCGGGCUGUUAUCCACUCGAAUGGGAUUAAUAAAGGCGGUUGAAGCUGCGGAAGGUGAACAAGAAUUGAGUGGAGACCCAUCGCAAGAUACCGGGGAAUCAUCAAUUGAUAAGAAAGUGCGCAGCGGAGCGGCUGGUUUAGAAGGAGAUGGUGUCACAGUUCAACCACCAGCAGCACCACUGGGGUCUGGAGGCCCAGGUACAGGAGGACAGGAGAGGGGAUCGAACGUGUUGGGCCCAAAUGGAGGAAGGGAAGCAGAUAAGAUGGGCCACAAGGACGGUAAGGGAACUGGGUCCCACAACGAAGGUGCUGAACAAUCCUCUUUUUUACCUGGCAGCCCUGGACCUCAAAGUGGUGAAGAUCACAUAUUGGAGAAUAAUUCCGAGAGUAAUGAACCCUCCGAUAUCCAACAGAAUAAAGAAGAUGCAAUUGAAGCGGAAACACCAAAAAUAUCAGAAAAAGAAGAACCUGGAGGAGGGAAAGAAAAAGAAAAUGGUAAAGCACUCACAGGGAU